GAUACAGACCUAGGUGGGUAGGUGGAUAUCACGGAUAUCUUGAUACAGACAUUGUAUUUUUAAUUUCAAUGAAAGAAACGCUUAUCACUUAUCGAGCAGAAUGAUAGAUAAACUAUUCAGGAAACAACAUUGCCAGCAAUAAUUAUUAAUUAAUAACCGAAUAAACAACUGAUAUAAUUCCAAAAAGAAUAAAUAAUAGUGUUUCAACAACAUUAAUUUUAAUUCAUGCUCAUAGCUCAUUGAGUGUGUCAAUCAUAUAAAAAAGAUAAAAUGAUGUACUUUCCAUAUAUUUCGUUAUUUUUAACCUUUUGUGGACUGGCAUUAGCUGAAUUUGAAGAAAAUGUACAUAUUGACGAUAGUAAAUUUGGACCAUUGGAACAACCAGAUUCUCCAAAAAAUUUUACAUCUGUACCGCAAGUAACUGAUUUUACUGAUAUCCUAACUAUAAGUAAUGCCAUAAAGAGCUUUCAGAAAAAAAUGGAAGAAGAACAUAAUUACUUGCCAACUAUGCAAGCAUAUUUAACAACAAGCACUGCUAGUAAUGGUGGGAAAGAAUUCAAAUUAAGUACAUUUUUAUCGUCAGUUAUAUAUGCUGAAAUUGUUACUGACAAUACAAAUACCAGUCAACCAUCUAUUAAUGAACCAUUAGCUAAUGUUACAACUGCUAAUAAUUCAAGGAUUGUAAAUUGUACCACACUUGUACCUUUAAAUCAAACAGAAAUUUCAGUUGAGGUUGUUAAUUCAUCACGACUUGGAUAUGUCUUAAAAUCUGAUCCUGAAGUAACUAAUCGUCGUGAAUCUGGCGUUUGUUCAUUAGUGUUAUUUUAUGCUAGAUCAUGUCAAUUCAGCACUUUAGCUGCACCUCAUUUCAAUGUACUUCCAAGAAUAUUUCCUCAAAUUAAAAUGGUAGCUUUUAAUGCUAUAUCUGAACAAAGAUACAAUACAAUGUAUGGUAUAACUGGAGUGCCAUCAUUAGUUCUAUUUCAUAAUGGAAAACCUAUUGCCAAAUACAAUGGUUCGGAUUAUUCACUUUAUGAGUUUACUAAAUUUGUUAUUAGACAUACAGAUCUCACUCCAAAUGAAAAGGUAGAAAUUUCUGUGACAGAUUUUGUAAAACCUGUUCCUGGAUUUGGGAACCGUGAUUAUGAUUAUUCUCUUUGGUUAGCAUGGUUUGUAAUUAUAUUCUGGAUACUAGUUUAUGUUAGGACUAUGCAAUUUUGGAGAAAAUUUGUUGAAGACAUAAAGAAUAUAUGGCGUGAAGCUGAAGCACAACAUGAACAUGCAGAUUAAAUUAAUGUAAAUAUUUUCUAUACAGUGUUAUUGUUUUAUUUAUUUUUAAAUUUCUUUUGCUAUUUUUAUUGUUCAUAGUAAUGAUAAUAUAUAUGUAAAUAAUUGUAAGUUAUUUGAAA